AUGAAGUACAUACUAGAAAAGCCGUAUGUUACGGAUAACAUAUUUGAAUUGUUAAAAUUGAAGGCCAUAGUAACUAUAGGGACGACAAAAAUGCUCCGUGGCGGCUCGAGACUUUUCCCACAGAUGGCCGUUGGGGUUACUCUACUACUCUUUGGGUCGUAUCUGUGGUCAUCACAUUUUGCCAGCCAUGCCUUAAACUCCGACUACACUAGGGUCCUAAAAUGGAAGGAAGAUAAACCUGAAGAAAGGAAUUUUGGCGGAGGACUGAGGAUAGUGGUUUUUGGAGGAGGCGAUAUUGCUACUCCAAGUCGAGCAUCGUGGCAACUAGGCGGGCCCAACGUAGCGUGGACGGAUAUUCUCUGCCUUCAACUCAAUUGCAACACCUACCUAUCUUUCAUGCCACUCACUGACCACGACGGCGGAUCGAUCGUAUCAAACUCAUUAUUCGAAGCUGCACUGGCUCGCACAUUAUCAGCGGAUAACAACACACUCUCUGGACUUGACUACUCGUGGUUACCCCAUAGUUAUCCGGUCCCAUACCAUCAAGACUUACUCAAUCAAGUAGAGGAUUUCCUCGCUGGUCCUCGACCUCGGUAUCCGCCUCGAGACACCUUAUGGGUCUUUAAUAUCGGAUUUUGGGACAUAUGGUACUUAGCAGCAUUGCCGCGUAAACUUGCUACGCAUAUUAUUGAGACACAGGCACAACAAGUUUUCUCGUACAUAGAACUUCUUUAUGAGGAAGCGCACAAGAACGACUCGGUUGCGUUCUCAAAUACUUACAUAGAUACCGCCAAGACUACCCCGGUUCGACCCCCGUUUCGCGUAUUUAUACCAAGACUGUUCGACAUCUCCUUAACGCCGGGGUUUGUUAGUGCUCGCCUUACACCUCCGCCACCUCAUACUAGAGCUGAGCAGAUGCGGAAUGCAGCGUUCUUGGCGGGCCACUGGGACAAGGUGUUUCAGGAUAUGCUACACGAAUGGGAGGGCCUUCCAGAAAAGGAGGAAGUUGGGGACGAGGAUUACUUGUCCGAGAUCAAGGACGCCGACCUUCUACUUAGCAGGAGAGCCUCAAAGGCAGAAAAGCUCCCCGUACCAUCCGCGCGCCGCGAAGCUAUUACUUAUGACAUAUCUGGUUACCUCCGGGAACUCAUUGUCGAGCGCCAACUACGGAGUGCUGGAAUCGUGGAUCAUAAUGGGCUUGGCUCGGCAGCCGUGGCUAAUGGGUAUUCUGAGAUAUGGGAACCAUGCAUUAAGAGAGACAACCUCUCUGGGGAUAGAAACGGAAACACAAAGGAUGGUACUAAUGACGGAGGGAGUGUGUGUGGUUCACCUAACGAGUAUCUAUUCUGGACCGACUUUACAGUGAGCCGACGGGCUGUCUUCGAGAUGGGUAGGCGUGCUGCUGAUUUACUCAAACGUCAUGUGCAAACGGAUGCGGAGUGGUCUAGGAAGGCUGAGAAACCUCUAUCAUCGUUGCGUAAGGAUUCUAAGGGAGUACCCCUGAAAGACGAGGUUUUUGAGACGUGA